AUGAGCAGCCCGAAGAGGAGGAUCGAGACGGAUGUCAUGAAGAUGUGCGUCAUAACUUCUUACCUGCGCCUCCCAGAGUUGAUGAGCGAUUACGAAGUCACCCUCGUGAAUGACAACACCCCUAUAAACGCGCUCUCUCCCACGCUGCACCAGCAGCUGACAUAUUUCAGGCAAGAGUUCUAUGUGCGCUUCAAGGGUCCAGAGGAGACACCUUUCUCCGGCGGUCUCUGGAAGAUCCACGUCGAGCUCCCGGACCAGUACCCCUACAAAUCCCCCAGUAUUGGUUUUGUGAACCGUAUAUUCCACCCCAACAUUGACGAGCUCUCCGGCAGCGUCUGCCUAGACGUCAUCAACCAGACCUGGUCACCCAUGUACGAUAUGAUCAACAUCUUCGAAGUCUUCCUGCCCCAGCUGCUGCGCUACCCGAACCCGACCGACCCCCUCAACGGCGAGGCGGCUGCGUUGAUGAUGCGGGAGCCCAAGGGCUAUGAGGCCAAGGUCAAAGAAUACGUCCUCAAGUAUGCAAGCAAAGACGCCGCGGACGAGGCUGGCGAGGACAGCGAAUCAGAAGACGACAUGAGCAGUGUCGGCAGCUACGAGUCUGGCGAGGAUGAGGAGCCAGCGGGCAACAUGGAGGAGAUCUAG